GUAGCUCCACAGCUUGGAUGCGUGUGUGUGUGUGUAUGUGUGUGAGGAGCAGAGUUACCUCCAUAGUGAGAGUGUCGCUAACCACUGGAUUGUGAAAAAAAAGACACAAGAGGAAGCCCGCAGCGGAUUCGCUUUUUUUUUUUAGGAGUCUACGAGUCGUUUUUUGUAUUUUUUUUUUACUCUCUUUGCGGUACAGGUAGAAGCCGAUCCAGAAGCGAGGCAUUAUGCAUUCAGACUGCAGGCUGCUAUGGGCAGAGCGGUAAUGGUGGGCAGGGGACCGACAGGGGCCGGGGUUCUCGUCCUGUCGAUUCUCAUCAUCCUCACCACGGAGGGCUGCGGAGCACAGAAAGGUGAUGGCUGUGGUCCCAGUGUGCUUGGCCCCAGCAGUGGGACUCUGUCCUCUCUGGGUUACCCGGGGACGUACCCCAACAACACGGUGUGCGAGUGGGAGAUCAGCGUGCCCCGCGGCGGCAGGGUCCACUUUCGCUUUGCCGAGCUGGACAUAGAAGACAACGACUGCCAGGUCAACUACCUCCGCCUCUACAACGGCAUCGGACCUGAGAGGAGUGAGAUUGUGAAGUACUGCGGUUUGGGUCUGAAGGUCAAAGAGCUGAUUGAAUCCACCGGCAACCAGGUCACUGUUCAGUUCAUGAGCGGGACCCACCACACUGGACGUGGAUUCUACUUGUCCUACUCCACCACGGAGCACGCAGAUCUAAUCACCUGCUUGGACAAAGGAACUGAUUUCCCUGAGGCAGAGUUCAGUAAAUACUGUCCAGCCGGCUGUUUGACGUCUACAGGAGAGAUUUCUGGAACUAUACCUAACGGUUACAGAGAGUCCUCUCCUCUGUGCGUGGCAGCUGUCCACGCAGGUGUGGUGUCCAACGCCGUGGGAGGCAGGAUCAGCGUGGUCAGCAGCAAAGGCAUCCCUCACUAUGAGGCCACACUGGCUAACAACGUCACGUCCACUGGAGGAACUUUGUCAAACAGCCUCUUCACCUUCAAGACCAAUGGCUGCUCCGGGACUCUGGGUUUGGAGUCCGGUGGCCUUGCGAACACUCAGCUUUCCGCCUCCUCUGUGUGGGAGUGGGAGAACGGCAUCGGUCAGGACAGCGUGUGGGCGCCUUCGGGGGCUCGUCUGAAGAGGGACGGGCUGCCGUGGUCUCCUUCUCACAGUGACCAACAGCAGUGGCUGCAGGUGGAUCUCAAGAGGGAGAAGAGGCUCAUCACAGGCAUCAUCACCACGGGCUCCACUCUGAGAGGAUACCAGUACUACGUCUCAGCAUACCGGGUCCAGCACAGUAGCGACGGCCAGCAGUGGCACAUCUACAGAGAAGCUAAUUCUACACAAGACAAGAUUUUCCAGGGCAACAUCAACUACCUGCACGAGGUCAGGAAUAACUUCAUUCCUCCAAUUGAAGCCCGCUUUGUGAGGAUAUAUCCAACCACAUGGCACCAGAGGAUCGCGCUCAAGUUGGAGCUGCUCGGCUGCCCGUUUCCUUCAGUGAGGGCGAGGUCGGAUCCAUGGCCCAGGAUGUUCUCCCCUCCUCAACGUUCUCCGCCUUCGGGGGGAACAAAACAUCCACCCCACCUUGGCCAAACCACACACACCCCAGACAUCAGAAACACCACUAUGCCUCCUCACACCGGCAAAGACGUGGCGCUGGCGGCAGUACUGGUUCCUGUGCUGGUCAUGGCUCUGACUGCUCUCAUUGUGAUUGUGGUUUGUGCUCUGCACUGUAGGAACAGGAAGAAGAGCUCUGAAGGGACGUAUGAUCUCCCUCACUGGGAUCGCACAGACUGGUGGAAAAGCAUGAAGCAGCUGUUGCCCUCGAAGAUGGUCGAGGCCGAGGACUCAGUCCGGUACAGCAGCAGUGAGGUGGGCCGGCUCACGGGGAGAGGGGCUGUACCCAGACUACAUGCUGAACCUGCAGAGUACGCUCAGCCCCUGGUUAGUGGUGUAACGACCCUGGGUGCACGGUCCACCUUUAAACCAGAUGAGGGGCCCGACCCGGGGUACUCAGACCCCGACCUGUACGACGCCCCCAUCUCUCCAGACGUGUACCACGCCUACGCAGAACCCCUGCCCGCUUCAGGAUCUGAAUACGCUACACCCAUCGUGGUGGAUAUGGGCUGCCACCCAUCAGGGAGCUCCACUUUGAACCAGACCUCCACGGUGUGCGGUUUCAUGGGUGCCGGGGCGGCCUCUCUGCUCACACAGACUGACGGCGCCCACUCAGGGAGGUCGGCUUAUGACACGCCCAAGAACGCCACUGGACAGGCCACGCCCACUGAGGAUCAGACCUAUCAGGUACCUCAGAACAAGCCGACAGGACAGAGCUGAAGAGUCCGGAUGCACAUGGCCUUAAUCCGCCCCCUCACCUCCAACACAACCCCAAAGGACAGAGAUGGAGGGUUGUUAAAGACGGAGGAGGAGGGGGGAGUGAACCCCAGAAGACGGCGUCAGUCUUGAAUGAACACUACCUUAGCUUGAGAUCUAUCUGGAGAUGUCUGUAUUGCCUAAAAUGUUUCUGCAUGGCCACAAUCUGCUCGUGUAGUGCCAUUACAGUCCUAUCACUGAAACCCAUAACGAUGAAUGUGUUUGUGCCAGGAGUGAGAGGCGAAGACGAGACGGACCGGUGCGUGGAUGAACGGAGGGAGGAUAAAAAGGAGAACGCUGACUACUAUUUGAAAAAGACUUUGUCGCUGUCCUGUGAUUCUUAGUAGUUCUUGCAUUCUAUGAAAACUGUGAUUUCCAUUAUUUCAUUUUUUUUUAAAUUCUGUUACAAGGUGAACCAGGUUUUGGCUGAAAUGUGCCUGAUGAUUCAUAAAACUUAAGUGUUGCUUCACUGAAUGAACCGCAUGUCGCAUUAAGAACCCCAAACUCAAGGUCGAAAAAUUCCUCCCUUCUAGAGAAACUAGCUUUCCAUGGUACGUUUUAUUUUUUUUUUUAAAGCAUGACUUGAAAUUUGUAUAGUUCUAGUAAUUCCAUUUCUGCCAACCUGUUAGAACACUCAGAUGAUUUACUGAUAUUUAUUUUUAAUUCACAUCCUGCUGAUGAGGAGAAA